AUGGAGUCAGGGCCAGGAACAGGAACUCCAAACGCGCUGGUGCGCAAGCGGACAGACACUUCUUUGAUGCCCCCUCCUCCUCCAGCCAAGAAGAUUAAACGGCCAAAGAAGGUGCUCGAGGAGGAUACCUACACAGAGACGUUGUCUCAAAUCAUAGCCCGAGACUUCUUUCCUGGAUUGCUACAGACAGAGACACAACAAGAAUAUCUCGACGCAUUAGAGUCAAAAGAUGCCGCUUGGAUAUCGAGUGCAGGAAGAAGACUCCAGCAUGUUAUGACACCAGGACGCCAAAACACACCACUCCCUCCAAAGUCAACAAACUCUUUCGCUCCUGGAGACCGCACGCCUUCGACAUAUGGAGGAGAUACACCAGCUUCGGUCAUCUCAAAUGUUUCCAAUUUUCAGCCACGGCUUAAAACCAACAUGAGUUUAUCAAAGUUCCAAGAGACUUAUACAAGCGAAGAUAACGAAAGCUUUUGUAAGCUUGUUGACAAGCAAAACCAGAAAAAAGCUGAAAAAUACGCUUGGCUCUGGCGUGGUAACAAACUGCCAUCGAAGCAAAUGAUCAAACAAAAGGAAGUUGAGGAUCGAAUCGGGCAAACACGAAGUCUAACGGACGACGGCUCCAAACGCGAUCGUCUCGCUAUCAAGGACAGAGACGACCGUCCGGCACGUCCAGAUACGUGGAUUUCCAAUCCAAAGAACAACCUGAUGUUCAGGCCUGAUGGUGUUGAGGACGGUGUUGUCACUGUUUCUCAAAAGGCCGAGGAAAGUUCAAAGAUGGCGCCAAAAUCCAUUGUUUACGCAAACACCAGAAUGCCUGAACCACGCGUUAUACAACGACCACCAUCGCCCACUAUGUCUGCAGUGCGAGACGCUAUCGCAGGUAGGCCUCGGAAGAGCGAUCAAGACUCCAGUGUUGCCGGAGGAGAGACGCCCAGGGUGAACGGGUAUGCAUUUGUUGACGACGAGGAUGACGAGGACGAGCCGAUACUUCCUGUACCUAUCAUCAACCUGGGCCCAGGAGAUGACUCGCCAAACCCUUUUCGCUUACAGGAGCAACGCGAUAGAGAGACUUUGCACGAGCGCAUGGUCGGCCGAAUAGCACAAUCGAAAAAGGAAUCCACGAGGAACGGACUUACAGGGAAGGUCGAUCAAACACCAGUCCCUAAAUUUCCAAGUAGUCCUCGUGUGUCUGCUGGAGGUCUGACGCCAGCAGCGCAGAGGUUGUGGAGCAAGAUUGGCACGCCUGGGCGUGGAUCAAGCGGCUCAUUUGGACAAUCCAAUAAGCCCAUGACUCCUAGGGGGUCUCUUUUGAGAUCAGUCAAGAGACCUGGCUCAACGUCAGGAUCGAAGUGA